AUGAUUUUACUUGAUCACGAACGUUUAGGUUGUGAGCAAUGUAUAAGAGGUCACAGGGCAGCGGAUUGUCAGCAUUUGGCAAAAUACUUGAUAUCAAUCAAGGGAAGAGGACGUCCGGCUGCCAAAGAUGAAAGUAUUAGGUUCAGAGUUAGUCCACAUCCUCGUGUCAUUAAAACAACUUGGGAAGCUAUUGAAAGCAAAAAUGGAAGAGGGAAAAGUGGUACAAGAAAAUUUUGCUAUCAUUUAGACCCUGGUACCCCUGUUGAACUUUACAAGGUCAAACUUGGUAAAGGUUUCAAAGUUAUUGGGCCAGUUACAGAUUUUACUUAUCACUCAAGUUUCCGUGUCAAAUCAAAUGCUGAUGGUACAACUGAAAAUGUUGGAUCAAGCUCAAGUCAAAUGUCUCAAGCAAGAGUUCCUCAGUUACCAUAUUUGCAACCUACUGCUACAUCAUCUACUGUUCCUUCAUUUCCUGCUCACUUGGCCACCCAAUAUAAUGGAUUUCAUCGUCCAAUUCCUGUUAAACAAGAAUCAAUCUCACCACCAACUGUUCCAAACCCUCAAGCUGCUGCUGCUAGUCAAGCUGUUGCUCUUUCUCCAAGUGAUCCAAAUUACCUUGUUCCUCCAACACCAGCACCAAGCCCUGUCAAUGGUAUGAUUUCUAGAGAGAGCUCUAGAGUUAUGGAUGAGAUGUUUGAAAUUGAUUCAAGACCAUCAGUGUCCUCUAUGUCAUCAAAUUCAACAUCGCAUUCUGACUUGGUCCUCAAUUCACUUCAACAGCAUCAUCAAGCCCAACAACAACUGCAGCAACCAUUGACAACAGAAGAAUUGAACAUCCUUCAGCUGAAUGGUCUCUUCGAUCAUGAAGCUGCAUUCAAAGCAUUCCAAGCUGAUAAUUCAAUUCAAUGUGAUCAGCCAAUACACUUUCAGCAACAGGAACAACCACAAUACGAACCACAAGCUACAUCUUCUGCUAAUUCUUCUUUAACAUUUCAAUUAGAUGCUAGUACAUCUGUUGAGCCUUUGAAUGGUGAACAAACAAUUGAGAAUGAAACAUCCAAUAAUGGGCUUCUUAACAGUGAAUAUUUUUUCCAACAUUUUGUUGCUGAUUCAAAUGAACCACAAUGGCCUUCAAAUUUUGUGCGUGGCUCAAAUGAUGGAUACUCAAAAUUCUGA